AUGAAUACCUCAUUUGGAAACGAUUCCUCUCAGAAACAGAUGACCCACGUGACAGCAGAUGGUACUACUACAGGUUUUCUAGAGCAGUCUGACAAGCCUCAGUCCCACAUGAAUACCUCAUUUGGAAACGAUUCCUCUCAGAAACAGAUGACCCACGUGACAGCAGAUGGUACUACUACAGGUUUUCUAGAGCAGUCUGACAAGCCUCAGUCCCACAUGAAUACCUCAUUUGGAAACGAAUUCCUCUCAGAAACAGAAAACAUUGACUCUGAGCAAGAAGAUGGGGAUAAAGAUGGACGUCGUUUUCCGGCUAUUGAUGAACCAGCUGGAAUGGUUGCACUUGCUUCUGCCGGACACACUCCACCACCACCUAAGAAACGAAAACCGUCAGAAAAGAUGUCUUCAGUUGGCAGUACUUUGUCUUCUGGCAAAGGCAAAAACCAGAAGAAAUGUCCUUGGCAGCCAACUGAGCUGCUGCUGGUGAUGAUGCAGCUGCUGCUGGUGAUGAUGCAGCUGCUGCUGGUGACAGUGGAGGUGUUGAGAUCCUUCGAGGUGAUGAAGGUGUUGAGAUCCUUCGAGGUGGUGGAGGUGUUGAGAUCCUUCGAGGUGGUGGAGGUGUUGAGAUCCUUCGAGGUGGUGGAGGUGUUGAGAUCCUUCGAGGUGGUGGUGGUGUUGAGAUCCUUCGAGGUGGUGGAGAGCAGGAAGUGGACUGCUCUGGACACAUGUGGACACAGCAACAUGUGGACACAGCACCAUGUGGGACACAGCUGCCAUUUGGGACACAGCUACCAUAUGGACAUAGCUAUCAUGUGGACACAGCUACCAUUUGGACACAGCUACCUUUUGGGACGUAGCACCAUGUGGGACCUAGCUACCAUGUGGGACGCAGCACCAUGUGGGAUGCAGCACGAUGUAGGACACAGCACCAUGUGGACACAGCUACCAUGUGGACACAGCACCAUAUGGACACAGCUACCAUGUGGACUCGGCUACCAUGCAGGACACAGCUAUCAUGUGGACACAGCUACCAUGUGGACACAGCACCAUAUGGGACACAGCUACUAUGUGGACACAGUACCUUGUGGGACACAGCUACCAUGUGGACACAGCACCAUGUGGGACACAGCUACCAUGUUGGACACAGCUACCAUGUGGACACAGAAGUAUGUGGGACACAGCUACCAUGUGGACAAAGCAACCAUGUGGACACAGCUACCAUAUGGACACAGCACCAUAUGGGACACAGUUACCAUAUGGACACAGCUACCAUGUGGACACAGCACCAUAUGGGACACAGCAACCAUGUGGAAAAAAGCACCAAGUGGGACACAGCACCAUGUGGGACACAGCUACCAUGUGGACACAGUACCUUGUGGGACACAGCACCAUGUGGGACACAGCACCAUGUGGGACACAGCUACCAUGUUGGACACAGCUAUCAUGUGGACACAAAAAGAGAGACAUGUGACUGAGCAUGAGCGUCUCCUCGGCAACCGCAGCAUCAACAAUGAGACGGCGGCGAAGGUUUAUGGCCGGAUCCACAUGGGAUUAAAUGGGAUUAAUGUGGACAUGUUGAGGGCCCUCUGGACUCUCUGGGGCCUCACAGGGACCCUCACAGGGACCCUCUGGACUCUCUUGGGCCUCACAGGGACCCUCACAGGGACCCACUGGGGCCUGACAGGGACCCUCUGGACUCUCUGGGGCCUCACGGGACCCUCACACAGACCCUCUUGGGCCUCACGGGACCCUCACACAGACCCUCUGGGGCCUCACAGGGACCCUCUGGACUCUCUGGGGCCUCACAGGGACCCUCACAGGGACCCUCACACAGACCCUCUGGGGCCUCACAGGGACGCUCUGAGGCCUCACUUUGAGCUGAUUGGAGUGUAG